UUCCCAAACAGAAAGCACGUGCGUUCAAAGAAUUUCAAAACAUUGGUCAGGAUGGGAAGGAAAUGGGAUGACGAAAGGUUCAGUAAACACGGGAAAUACUCAUCAAUUCAGGUCUACACUUACAAUCGACACCAUCUUCAGCCAAAUGUGAAUGGAUUUCCCAGUGAAAAUCCCAUCAAUUUGGAGGAUUUCAGGAGUUUUCCCUGGUUCUCAACGUAUCCGGAAGUAUUUCUCAUUACACCUGAGAUAGAUACCUUCAACCAGGUGGAUAAGUGCUUGAAACUCGUUAAGGACAAGCGACGUUAUGUGAAUCAGAUAAAAAAUUUGAAAAUUCAGUACAAACGGAGGAAGAAUAAACUUUCAAAACUUGGGAAAGCCAGUCGGUCAGGGCGGUACUUGAUGCAUGUUGCCCACAUGGCUGAACUGCUGAAAAAGGAUCCGGAUAAGUACUUUUCCGGGUUGCACAAUUGGUACUAUACAGGGGGGACGCUGGAUUGUCUUGCUGAUGAUAAGGGAAUGAGCCUCUUUAGUGCCUUUGGAUCACACCUCAAUGGAUUGCGAGUUACGCGAGAAGCUCGUAAAGGGAAGUCAAGGACUAUAAAAAGUGAAUCACUCUUCCUGCCACAUGAGGAAGAGAUUCACCAGGUGUCUGUAGUCCCAAUGACAAGCGAUGAUCUACGUGUGCUAGUCAGGCAGAGGCGGAAUGUGUCGCUGUUGCACCUGAGGGAAUGUUUUGAUCCUGAUCGGGGGAUAAAUAUCCCCUCCUCGGAAGUUCCCUUUGUUUUCGCCCUCUUGGACAAGGAUGAUGCGAAUUUCAUUUACACCAUUGAUGCAGAAAAUAAUCUCCGGGAAUGGGAUAUCCGGACGAAUCCACCUGUUGAGAGUUCAUCGGUGAAUCUUGCUCCAACCAAUAAGUUUAAGCGGAAGAAGAAAACAUCAAAUUGGGCAACAAUUCUCGCACUAAAUGAGGACUUCCUCAUCUAUGCGAAUCAGCAUGAAGUGAAGAUGAUAGAGAAGGAGAUUUUGAAGGUUCAGCUGACGUUCAAUCUUGAUGAGUAUCUUCAGGAGUGUGCUGAAAUAUGCUGCAUAGCUUUGAGCAAGUUCAGCAAUGUCAUCUACAUUGCUCGAUCUCAUGACUGCUUUGCUGUGAGCUUUGAUUUGUCCAACAAGGAGUACACAGUUCAACUACGAUGGACUCAUCAGCUUACCAUCCAUCCCGCAUUUAUGCGAACCUGCCUGGUUGGAGAGAACACGGAAUUGAUUGCAAUCUCCAGCACAACCAAUGGAGACAUGAGAAUUAUGCUAAAUGAUCGGGAAUUAGCCCCACCGGGUGAGGAUGAUGAACAACCUGUGAGGUACAUUUACAAAUCCCCCUGUCUCCCCUACAAAUUGAAAACCUUCGAAGAACUCUAUUACCUCACCCGACUUCAUGGAGAAUGCCUCGAUCCCACCAUUCCACUGCACAAAAGGAUAAACUUCUCCACAUGCGGCAUAGACAUCCACGUAAAUCCUAUUAAUGGAGAGAUCCGGAUUCUCACCAUAAACAGCGUUGGGGAUAUUUUCUCACAAAUUCUCUGCGGAAGUAACAUCCCACCCCCGAUGGAUACUCUCGUAAAUCUCUCCCAGAACAUUCGCAUAAACCCUGAAGAUGAAAAGUAUAACAUUACCGGAAGAAGCAAUCUCAAAUCACUGGACAGGGUAUUCUCCUGCCGACAAUUCAAUCAUCCUGUUGGUGUGGAAGAUGAGAAGGAGGCCCUGAAGCGACGUCCACGAUGGCGAAAGUCAAUAAAGCACCUGAAGAAGUACACGGAUAUGCUGGCACAGGAAUUGUUGGCUGUUUGGGAGAUGGAUGACGAAGAGGAGGAAGAAGAGAAAAUCCUCAAUGAUCCACUAGAUGUCUCCACUGUUUCGGCUCUUGACAAAGUGGGCGAUUGGCUGAAUUCAAUCCACAAGCAAAAUGAGCCACAGGAGCAAACUGAGCAACAGGAGCAAACUGAGCAACAGCCGCAACAGGAAUCAACGUCAACCUUCAUGAUUCAGGAGGUGGAAGAGGAUACAAAGCCAAUGAUUUCAAUGGAAGUUGAUGAUUAUAAGACGCCGGAUAUGACUCGCGAGGAGGAAUUCCUGCUUCAGACUCCUCGUGAGGCACCUCUGACGCAACCAUCCCGGGUAACACCAAAAGUUGAAACACAGAAGAAGGCAGCCAAAGCCAAGAAGAAAUCGCAUGUGAUUGGAUUUUAGCGAUUUAAUGGUUUCUUUUCUUGAAAUAAAAGUCUGAAUUUCGUUAAA